AUGAUCGAAGAUACGGCGGCACUCGCUGCUGCCGCAGAGCUCAUCGCCUCCUUGGCCUGUGACCCUGCUUCUUUCUCGUUAAGAUCGGUCGGGGCCGGCUCCAGCGUCAAGCUGCCAGGCCGUGAAAACCCCGCCAAACGCACUUUGGAGAUUGAGCUGGAGAAGCUCGCCCAGCGGAUUUCUCAGCUCGAGAGCAGGGCCACUGUCUCGGCCACCGCCGUCUUCCCAGAGACGCCCAACGAGGUCAACGACACGAUAUUCAGCGAUGAAACUGACACUCCUGUCAAUGGCCGCCCUGCGGCUCCCCAGCUAAAGCUGUCCCAGGCUCAACAAGGUAGCUUGGACAGUCCGAUUUUUGUAUCCCACCAGCUGACCAAGGAAGCGCUGCAAGGACUGCACGCCCACGUUGAUGACCAGUCCAAGCUCCUAGACAACCAACGCCAGGAGCUUGCUGGCGUCACCGCGCAGCUAUUAGAACAGAAACAGCUUCAGGAGCGCGCCUGGGAGGCGAUGGAGCAAGAGCGGGUGGCCUCCCUAGAGCGAGAGCUACGGAAGCACCAGCAAGCCAACGAGGCUUUCCAAAAGGCCCUCCGAGAGAUCGGAGAGAUCGUCACUGCUGUAGCCCGUGGCGAUCUGUCCAUGAAGGCUGGUAUGGAAUCGGUCGAAAUGGACCCCGAAAUCACAACCUUUAAGCGCACCAUCAACGCCAUGAUGGACCAGCUGCAAACCUUCGCCAGCGAAGUGUCUCGCGUCGCUCGUGAGGUCGGAACCGAAGGUCUACUCGGCGGCCAAGCCCGCAUCGGCGGUGUAGACGGUGUAUGGAAAGAGUUGACUGACAAUGUCAACGUGAUGGCACAGAAUCUCACAGACCAAGUGCGAGAAAUUGCCUCUGUCACAACAGCAGUCGCCCAUGGCGAUUUAACAAAGAAGAUUGAACGACCAGCAAGCGGAGAAAUCUUGCAACUGCAACAGACCAUCAACACCAUGGUGGAUCAACUUCGAACAUUUGCAUCAGAAGUUACGCGUGUAGCCCGAGAUGUCGGAACCGAGGGCAUCUUAGGCGGGCAAGCAGACGUUGGCGGGGUCAAGGGCAUGUGGAAUGAUCUGACUGUAAACGUGAAUGCCAUGGCCGACAACUUAACGACACAAGUGCGCGACAUCAUCACAGUCACAACGGCCGUCGCAAAGGGCGACCUUACCCAGAAAGUCCAGGCCGAAUGCAGAGGAGAAAUGUUCAAGCUCAAGUCUACCAUCAACUCCAUGGUCGACCAACUGCAGCAGUUUGCUCGUGAAGUUACCAAGAUCGCCAGAGAAGUCGGAACUGAGGGCCGACUUGGUGGUCAAGCCACAGUCCAUGACGUUGAGGGUACAUGGAGAGAUUUAACCGAAAACGUCAAUGGCAUGGCCAUGAAUCUGACGACACAGGUGCGAGAGAUUGCCAAGGUUACCACAGCCGUAGCCAGAGGCGACCUUACCAAGAAGAUUGGGGUAGAGGUCAAGGGAGAGAUCUUGGAGCUGAAGAACACCAUUAAUCAAAUGGUUGAUCGCCUGGGCACAUUCGCCGUGGAAGUGAGCAAAGUGGCCCGUGAAGUCGGUACAGAUGGUACGCUGGGUGGUCAAGCUCAGGUCGCCAAUGUCGAGGGCAAGUGGAAAGAUCUCACCGAAAAUGUCAACACUAUGGCAUCCAACCUUACUGUACAGGUGCGAAGUAUCUCGGCUGUCACGCAAGCCAUUGCAAACGGAGACAUGAGCCAGACAAUUGAUGUUGAAGCAAAUGGUGAGAUACAAGUGCUAAAGGAGACCAUCAACAACAUGGUUUCACGUCUGUCAAGUUUCUGCUACGAAGUCCAACGUGUUGCCAAGGACGUCGGUGUCGACGGCAAGAUGGGAGCUCAAGCUGAUAUUGCCGGACUAAAUGGACGAUGGAAAGAAAUUACCACCGAUGUCAAUACUAUGGCCAGCAAUUUAACAACCCAAGUGCGUGCCUUCUCUGAUAUUACGAACUUGGCUACCGAUGGCGACUUCACCAAACUUGUAGAUGUUGAAGCCUCGGGAGAAAUGGACGAGCUCAAGAAAAAGAUCAACCAGAUGAUUUCAAAUCUCAGAGACAGUAUCCAGAGAAACACGCAAGCUCGAGAGGCUGCCGAGUUAGCCAACAAGACCAAGUCAGAAUUCCUCGCCAACAUGUCCCACGAGAUUCGAACCCCGAUGAACGGUAUCAUCGGAAUGACACAGCUCACACUGGAUACCGACUUGACCCAAUACCAACGAGAAAUGUUGAACAUUGUCAACGAUCUUGCCAACAGCCUGUUGACCAUCAUUGACGAUAUCCUGGAUCUGUCCAAGAUCGAAGCUAGAAGAAUGGUUAUUGAAGAGAUCCCGUACACAUUGCGAGGCACCGUCUUCAAUGCGCUCAAGACGCUCGCAGUCAAGGCGAAUGAGAAGUUCCUUGAUCUCACGUACAAGGUAGACAGCUCUGUGCCUGACUACGUUAUCGGAGAUUCGUUCCGUCUGAGACAAAUUAUCCUGAACCUUGUGGGCAAUGCCAUCAAGUUCACCGAACACGGUGAGGUUAGUUUAACCAUCCAAGAACAGGAGGACAAGAGACAUGUUGGCCCAGGAGAAUACGCCAUCGAGUUCAUUGUUGAAGAUACUGGUAUCGGCAUUGCUAAGGACAAGCUGAACCUCAUCUUCGACACGUUCCAGCAAGCGGACGGCUCAAUGACACGCAAAUUCGGUGGCACAGGCCUCGGAUUGUCUAUUUCGAAGCGAUUUGUCAAUCUCAUGGGCGGAGACCUGUGGGUUAACAGCGAGGUUGGCAAGGGAAGCGAAUUCCACUUCACCUGCCGUGUGAAGCUGGCCGAUGUGCACGCGGAAAGCGUUCAGCAGCAGCUGAAGCCAUACCGCGGCCACCAGGUCCUCUUUGUCGACAAGUCGCAGUCAAAUGCGGCGACACACAUUGGAGAAAUGCUGGAAGAGAUUGGGCUCCUUCCUGUUGUCGUCAACUCCGAGAAGAGUUCAGCUCUCACUCGACUUAAGGAGGGUGGUGCUUUACCCUAUGACGCCAUCAUUGUCGACUCGAUUGAUACUGCUAGGAGGCUCAGAGCGGUAGAUGACUUUAAGUAUCUUCCUAUUGUCCUGUUAGCUCCUGUGGUCCAUGUCAGCUUGAAAUCAUGUCUGGAUCUGGGCAUUACGUCCUACAUGACGAUGCCCUGCAAGUUGAUUGAUCUGAGCAACGGAAUGGUCCCCGCUCUCGAAAACAGGGCCACGCCAUCUCUCGCAGAUGUCACCAAGUCUUUUGAGAUUUUGCUUGCCGAGGACAACACUGUCAAUCAGAAACUGGCCGUGAAGAUCCUUGAAAAGUAUCACCACGUUGUUACUGUUGUGGGCAACGGCUGGGAGGCGGUAGAGGCUGUGAAGCAAAAGAAGUUUGAUGUGAUUCUGAUGGAUGUUCAGAUGCCCAUCAUGGGAGGAUUUGAGGCCACUGGUAAGAUCCGAGAAUAUGAACGAGGCAUGGGAACGCAUAGAACUCCCAUUAUUGCCCUCACUGCCCACGCCAUGAUGGGUGACCGCGAAAAGUGUAUCCAGGCCCAGAUGGAUGAAUAUUUGUCCAAGCCGCUGCAACAGAACCAGCUCAUCCAGACCAUCCUCAAAUGCGCUACUCUUGGAGGUGCGCUGCUAGAGAAGAAUCGCGAGCGAGAGCUUGCUCUGCAAGCAGAAGCCAAAGCUUCUGGGCGUCUCGAUAGCGAUCGAAACUUGCCACGUCCGAGCCUUGAGGGCCGGGCGUUUACCGCUCGAGAGCCUCUGAUCAAGAAUAAGCCCAUCACCAAGGCCACGACCAAAGCACUGGAGGAAGCGCGAUCGGCUGCGCUGGCAAACGCAAAGUUCGGUGACUUUUCUGAGCUUGGGUCCGAAUACUUGGAUGAACUGGAAGAGCUGACAGAGGAAACCGACACAUUUCUAAAAGCACGUGAAGAACUUUCUGACAAACGAAGUUUUUCAAGUUAA